GGCGACGCGGAGGAAUUUAGUCAGAAGGGAGAAAAAAAAACAUCAACCAGGAAGUUAACUUGAAGAAGGAAACGUAGUUGGAACUUUAACGUAUUAAACUUUUACAUUUUAAACCAGGUUUUAAAAAAAAGCUCUUAAGCGAAGGCAAAAAGGAUAAGUUAAAAGUUGGACCACCAAUUUACGAGCAAGAGGACUUUUGCUUCUAACAAGAUGGACUAUGAUCCGGAACGGGGAGGAAUUGAGGACGUACCAGAGCCCAUAGACAAGGUCCAGAACCUGCGGGAUCAGGUGGAUGGAGUGAAGGACAUCAUGACGCAGAAUGUUGACCGGAUCCUGGCGCGGGGAGAGAGGCUGGACGACCUCAUGGGCAAGUCGGAGGAUCUACAAGCAGGGGCUCAGAACUUCAAGCAGACUUCUCACAAAGUGGCCCGGUCCUACUGGUGGAAGAACGUCAAGCUGGUCGUCGUCAUCGUGGUGAUCGUGCUCAUCAUCGUCCUCAUCAUCAUCCUGCUGGCCACCGGAGUCAUUCCCGUCAGCGCGCCGGUGGGUCCAGUAGUCACUCCCACCAAGAAACCGUGAAGGCGCACAGAGCAAGACACAAUGAAGUCGUAAACACAAAAUACCGAGUAAUAUAUUGACCCUAGAGCAUGACUUAUUACUACUUUUGGUAAAUAUUUAAGGUUUCUUAGUUUCUUCAGGUUACUUUCAUGCUUUUGUUACAGGCACUUUUAAUGAGAAACUCUUUGAAACAGUUGAAAUAAAACCAGAUCAAUGAGUUAUCUUUCCUUUUCUAACUUUUUUUAAAAGCUUUUUUUUUUCUUUUUCUUGCUGGAAGCACCUCAGUCUUCUUCUCCAUCUAUAGCUACUUAACAGUUAAUCAGAAUGAUUGUAGAUUUUUAUUUUUCAUAGUUCACCGUUUAUGUUGACGUUUCCAAAGAUAUGCUUACAAAGUCUAAACCGGGAGAAACUCAUCCAACGUGUUAUGAGACGCACAUUAGAUUUUGAAUGUUACCACUAACUUCAUUGAAGGAGAAUCUAAUUUUUUACACUCAACCUAAAGAAAAUGUGUACAACUAAAACCAAUGACUGAUGUUGGUACGACGAAUGUUUUUUUGUUGUUGUUUUUUUUUUUACAUUCAAGCAUCUAUUGCAUAAUAGCAGCCUGAGGUAUUGAGAACAAGUGGGAAGCAUCAUCAGCCUCUUUCUCCUGCCCCGCCGCCUGGUUAACAACAGAGAGGUCAAAAUAAAUCCAAUUAUCAACUGUGUAUAGUUCUCACCAAUGUGUAUAUUUACUGUUAACAAGAGUCUUUGCUGAAAAUGUCCAAUCAUUAAAACCAAAUUAUUUAAUUCUUUAUUUUAUUCAAUAGAAUCAAGAAUGAUUCCUAGAUAUUUCUGUGAAAAUAAACUAUACUGAUUUUUGAUUAAAUGACACAGUUCUGUGUUUUUUUUUUUUUUUUUUUUUUUUUUUUUUUUUUUUCUGUUUAUCAGAUGAUUGCAUAAAGAACCAGAAUGUGUUGGAACAAAUUCUCUGUAUGUUCUAGCUAUUGUAUGUGAUUGUGGGAUGCAGUAGCCUCUGUUCUCUUGGCCUGUUUAGUUUUGACUGAGUGAUAAAUGCUGUCCUGUCGGCUGACCGCCGCAGAGCAGCUGGACGGUGUGACCGCUCGCCAGGGUUUGUGGCGUUCAAUGGUUUCACUGUCUGAUGAAGUCAAUAAAUAGUAUUUACCUCA